AUACGCGAUGCUUUGCGUUUCAAGACUGGCAGGUAUGAGUUUUGUCUAACGGUGUGUGGAAGAUACGGAUGCGCAACGAGCAUCAGCACAUUUCCGAGAUGUUGCGCGUGUUUGCCGGUGUGUGUUUUCUCUCGGUUCUGCGCUUCUCGGUUGCGCUGGAUUUACCGGCGUUGAACUGCAGUCAGGUGAAGGACGCGUACACAUCUCUGGGUUACAGCUCUGCCGAUGUGCCAAGCGAGGAAAUACCAGGAGAUCAUCUGGUAGUGUGUGGUCCACAGAGGACCUGCUGUAAUACAGUAAUGGAGGAGAACUUCAGUAAUAGGAGCACACGAGACUUUGACAAGCUGAUAGAUGACACGAGUGAGGAUCUGAGGAACACAUUUAUGACCAGACAUAAAAGGUUUGAUGGUUUCUUCCUGGAUUUGCUUGAGAACACGGAGCAAUCUCUAAAUGAGAUGUUCAUACGUACAUACGGCAAACCCUACAUGCAGAACGCCGAGGUCUUUCAGAGUUUGUUCACAGAGCUGAAGCGAUACUACACAGGUGGCAACGUCAAUCUAGAAGAGAUGCUAAAUGAUUUCUGGACUCAUCUUCUGGAGCGCAUGUUCCAGUUACUUAAUUCCCAGUAUAUCAUCACUGAGGACUAUCUGGAGUGUAUCAGUAAGUACAUAGAAGAGCUCAAGCCCUUUGGAGACGUUCCCAAGAAGCUAAAGUAUCAGAUUACACGAGCAUUCGUCACAGCUCGUACCUUCGUUCAGGGCCUGAUGGUCGGCCGGGAAGUCGCUAACAGAGUUUCAAAGGUUACCAUGAGCUCCACGUGUAUCAACGGCUUCACUAAAAUGCUGUACUGUUCUUACUGUAAUGGCCUGUCGACAUUGAAGCCCUGUAAGAACUACUGUUUAAAUGUUAUGAAGGGCUGCCUGGCCAACCACGCUGAUCUGGACCCAGAAUGGAGCAAGUAUAUUGAUGCCAUGUUACUCGUGACAGAAAGACUAGAGGGACCUUUCAACAUCGAGUCGGUCAUGGAGCCAAUAGAUGUAAAGAUAUCAGAAGCGAUCAUGAAUAUGCAGGAGAACAGCAUGCAGCUCUCCUAUCAAGUUUUUCAAGGUUGUGGACAACCAAAGCCUUCAGGAAUGAGCAGAACUGCCCGCGGUGUCCCUGACACGUUCAGCGGACGCUUCAGCCCCUACAACCCUGAGGAACUUCCGACCACUUCUGCCGGUAGUCGCCUGGACCGCCUGGUGACUGACAUCAAGGAUAAACUAAAGCGUUUCAGGAAGUUUUGGUCUUGGAUUCCAGAAGCUGUUUGUCAGGAGGAGAAUGUGGCAUCAGUUGAUGAUGUUGACUGCUGGAACGGCUCUUAUAAGGGCAGAUACGUCCCCGAGGUGCUGAAAGAUGGACUGACUCAUCAGGUAAAUAAUCCAGAGGUCGGGGUUGACGUCACAAGACCGGACACUCUCAUACGACAGCAGAUCCUGGCUUUAAGAGUCAUGACCAACAAGCUCAAGAACGCAUAUGAUGGGAACGACAUCUUCUUUCGAGACUCAAAUGAUGACAGCAGUAGUUCAGGAAGCGGCAGCGGUUGCAGUGAGACGUGUGUCACAGAAUCAGACUCUUUCAUCACACAAGCUCCUCUUGAAGAUACAGAGAAACCUGAUGAAGCAUCUUCUGUCUCCAGCAUCCAGCCAUCGCUUCUGCUGCUCUUCACUGCUCUCCUCCUGAAUGAACACUUGAGAUAAGAUCUGCUGUAUACUUCAUACAGACUGAUACUCUUGUUUGCAGUGCUGGACCUCUGAUCUCAGUAAAUCUGAGGAUGUUCCUCCUGUAUGAAAAGGAGCACGUGCUUACAUAAGCAUUACAGAAGUAUUAUGCGUUGUCCUCUUAGUUUUGCAUAGUUCAAAUUCUCUCAGUGUUCAAAAGGGCGAUAAGAGUUUUAUAUCUAAUAGUAUGAAAGUUCAUGUUUUUGAUUUAGGUAAUUAACUGCAGCACAUUUAUGGAUCAUAUUUAGCAAAUAAUUAAGAUAAUUUUAUGCUCACACAUAUUUUCAUUCAGGCAUACCUUAAAAUGUAAUGAAUGCAGGUUUUAACCCAUCAUCAUCUUUUUAAAGUGAGAACCGUUAAAGGUUAAAUAAGUCAUUUUAGUCAAAUUGAACACACACUAUUUUAAUGUAACCUGUGGAUAAUUGCAAGAAUUAGCAGAUGCUCAGACAGUUUCUGUAUGAAGAUGAGAAAAUAACUAAUAACUAACUCAUUUUGGUAUCCUCAUAUAAAUGUAUACUUGAAAGCUCAUGCAGUAUUUGGUUUAAUGAUUCUGAAGCAUCUGAUUAUACUGUUGAAAAGACAUUAUUGACUGGAUUUUAUUAAGCGUUUCAGUGAGAUAUUCUUCAAUAAUUCAAAUUAUGUGAAUUCAGUUUGCAUUUAUAGAUUUCCUUCACACAUAAUUGUUUUAUAACUAUACAGCGUGGAAAUAAGUAUUUGACACAUCAGAAUUUUUAUCAUUAAGAGAUUUCUAAGUGGGCUAUUGACACAAAAUUUCCACCAGAUGUAGCCAUCAAGCCAAAUAUUGAAUUCAUACAAAGAAAUCAGAACAUUUAAGUAUACAAGUUGAGUCAUGAAUCAGAAUUCAUUUCAUUGCCACUAGAAGAUGUUUUAACUGGUGUCUCAUGACGUAAAGCACUUCUGGACUGUUUACUCUUAAAAAUAAAGGUGCUUCACAGCGAUGCCAUAUACGAAAUAUUUUUGGUUCCUCAAAAACAUCCAGUUAAAGAAAAGUGAUAUGUAAUGAAUUAUUAUUAUUAUUAUCUAAAGAAACGUUUUCACUACAGAGAACCUUUUUAGAAACGUAAAGCUUCUUCGGAUGUUAAAGGUUCUUUAUUAAACCAUUCAGCCAAAAAUGGUUCUUUUAUGACAUCAUGAAGCAUCUUUAUUUUUUAAGAUACACUCUAAAAAACGAUUCAUUGGCUGAACAACCAUUACUUAUUAAAGUAAUUAGAUUAAACAUGAAAAACUUAGUAUUUCUAACUUUUCAAUAUUCAUAUUUAGUAUGUGUAACACACAAAAAUUUAAGUUACCAGGUGAACUUAAAUGUAUGCAAAAAUAAAAUGAAAAAAACAUAAGUAAUGCCAACUACUAUAACAAUUGCGUCAAAAUAAAGUAAAUCUAGCAUACCAUUUUUAAGUAACUAUAGAGCCACGUGAUAUGCAAAUUUCCCAUGAUGCCUUUUCAGCCAAAAAUUCUGACAUCUGUCGUAACCAUUUUGUGAAGCACAUGCACAGUAAACAAAGAACUUAACGUUUUUUGUUGAAGGGCAUCAAUUCAUUAUUUUGUGUUCACUGAAUGAAAUAAUUCUAAAAAGUAUGUGUUAGAUUUACUUAAAAUAUACAUGCACCAUUUUUGCAUCAUACUUUUUAAGUAAUCCCAACUUGGACAAUUUUAUUUAAAAUUAUCAAGAAAACCUCUGUUUUAUGUACUUAAAUUUUUAAGUAAAGAAUGUUACAUGAACUCAAGUAUUUAAGUUCAUAAAACACAUAUUUUCUUGUUAAUUUUAGGUAAAAUUAUUCCAAGUUGGGAUUACUUAAAAAGUGUGAUGCAAAAAAUUGUGCAUAUAUAUUUUAAGUAAAUCCAACACAUCAUUUUUAGAGUGUAUUUUUGGCACUUUAAUAUAUAAAAACCUGCUCAAAACAUUUAUGGACAUUACACAGGUAUCACAUUCAGAAACACCUCUUUAAAAAUCCAAAGACUCCCCCCCCACACACACACACAAGUUACAAACCGGUACAAAUCCGAAUGAACCAAAAUAUCAAACAUGAAAUGUAAUUUCUUUUUUGCUUGUGAAGUUGAAAGUGCUUAAUAAUGUAAUCUGUUUUUCAGAUGUUAUAUUUUAGCAUAUUUUUGUAUAAAUAUGCGUAAUAUAUGAGGAACAAUUGCACAGUUAGUCUUUAAUCUACACAAGCACUUAUGCUGUUUGUGUAAAAGUUUCUUGUACGUUAUGUUGAUGGAUGAUUGUGAUGUCAUUCCAUGGGAAGAAUUAUAGACUUUAUGAACUUGUUCAAUAUGAUUUCUACAUAACUGGACUGAUGUUAAUACUUUGGUAUUCAGGGUUCAUUAGUAAUCAUUUUUAAUAUACAGUGAUUUUAAAAUAAACAUUAUUGAUCAUUA